AUGUCCGGGUUCGAACAGGCUGUUUCAAGCCUAUCAGCGCUGAACUGCUGGCACAGGCUACAAACCCGACCGGACAAUGGUAACAGAAUGCGUCGUCAAGUCCAGGAGAUCCAACUCAUAUCUGUCAAAGAUCCUAGGUUUCAACAAGAAAGUCUGCCACAGCCUGAUCCGCAGCAGCAGUACAAGUUGCCGCGCCGCAAUUGA